UCGUUUAUGCGGGUAAUGCGUGAUAGUCUUAUUCAAGCCUCAGAGCAGGUCAGUUUCUGACAAAAUGGCAGGACUGGAGCUUCUUUCUGAUGAAGGCUUUAGACUAGAUGGCCGACGACCAUCUGAACUUAGAAAGAUUCGUUUGCGUCUUGGAGUUUUCGACCAGGCAGAUGGAUCAGCAUACAUUGAACAAGGAAAUACAAAGGCAUUGGCGACCGUAUACGGCCCUCACGAGGUCCUUGGAGGAAAAGGUAAACCUCUACAUGAUAAAGUGAUCAUCAACUGUCAAUACAGCAUGGCAACCUUCAGCACGAACGAGAGGAAAAACCGCCCUCAGGGAGACAGGAAAUCGACCGAAAUGUCACUUCAUCUCCAGCGGACAUUUGAAGCUACCAUACAAACACACCUCUAUCCAAGAUCUCAGAUUGAUAUCUUUGUACAGAUUCUGCAAGCAGAUGGAGGAAAUUACUGUGCUUGUGUCAACGCUGCUACACUAGCAAUCAUCAAUGCAGGCAUCCCUAUGAAGGACUACGUGUGCGCUUGCUCCUCUGGCUAUGUGAACAAUACGCCUCUGACCGAUGUGAGUUACCUUGAGGAAUCUCAGGGAGGGCCUGUAGUGACCGUAGCCAUGCUGCCAAAGUCCGAACAGAUCGCUCUCUUUAAGAUGGACAACCGGCUCCACGUAGAUCACCUUGAGCAGGUGUUGGAGGUAGCCAGUAAAGGAUGCAAGGACAUGUAUGCUGUAAUGAAUGCAGCCGUCAAGGAGCAUGUCAGUAGGAUGGCAAAGAGCAUGGAAUGUAGCUGAUGAUGAUGAAG